GGUUUGUAUAUCUUCUGAUCGUGAACUUUUUUUUCUGGCUACUCUCUUUCUCAUGGCUUCUACUUAUAAUCAUCCUAUUCCUAGAAGAUUUAAUGUCUUUUUGAGCUUCAACGAACCAGACGUCCUCCUUUAUAAACCUCUCAGUAAUUUACGCCGACAGUUGAACGACCUUGAAUAUCUUUUACCGCAACGACUCACUGGUGGUGAUGUUAUAAGGUAUCUUAAUUUUCGAGACCAUACAUUUAAAAUCUCCAUUAGAAAAUCAAGAAUCUCGAUGGUGGUGCUCUCGAAGGACUAUGCUUCUUCCAGCCAGUGUUUGGAUGAGCUGUUGGAGAUUUUGAGGUGCAAGGAAGAAAUUGGACAAAUUGUGAUGAUUAUCUUCUACGGAGUAGAUCCAGCUGAUGUGCGGAAACAAUCUGGAGAUUUUGGGAUUGCUUUCACGGAAACAUGUGCUGGAAAAACAAAGGAGAAGAAGGAAAAAUGGAGUCAAGCUUUGACCGAUGCUGCAAAUAUACCUGAACAACACUUCCUUGACAGGGACAAGAAAGAGGAUCUCAUUAAACUGAUUGCCAGAGAAGUUUCAGACAAACUACACGAUGUUGAAGACAUGAUGGUGGGUAUGAAAGCACACUUGCAGAAUAUGCUCCAUCUGUUACAUUAUAAAAAUGAUGAUGAGGCUACGAUAGUUGGAAUUUGUGGCCCUGCAGGCAUUGGUAAGACUACCAUUGCUAUAGCUUUAUAUAGACGCCUCUCUAGCAGCUUCCAGCAUUCUUGCUUUUUGAGGGAUGUUAGUAAAAGAGAUGAUAGGGUUCUUAGCGAGGAUCAAAGGAAGAUGAGACUGAAAGGGCAAAUUAUUUCAGUAUCUGAUCGCAAUGAUAAGAAUUAUAAGACAUCCCUUUUACUUAAGCCCAAGGAAUGGCUAUACAAGAAAAAAGUGCUUAUCAUUCUUGAUGAUGUGGAUGAUCCGAAACAACUUGAGGCGUUGGCGAAUGAAGCAUGGUUUGGUCCUGGAAGUAGGAUUGUUGUAACUACACAAAACCAAGAGCUUUUGCAACAACAUGGUAUUGGUAAUAUAUAUCAUGUGGGGAUUCCAUCUGAUGGAGAAGCUCUCAAUAUCUUUUGUAGAAAUGCUUUUGGGGAGAGCAGUCCACAAAAUGGUUUUCAAAAGCUUGCCGAAAGUGUAAUAGAGCUUUGCAGGAAACUUCCCCGGAGUCUAUCUGUGGUAGGUUCAUUUUUACGUGGGAGGAAGGAAGACGAGUGGAACAAAGUAAUGCGCAUACUAAAAGCUAAUCAUGAUCACCGAAAUAUCGAGGAAGUACUAAGAAUCCAACAAGAAUCAUGGUCGUCUAAGAAAAGUAAAAAUCGAUGGUGCACUACUAGACUGGGCUUUCUCGUCAUCAUCAAUUUGGUAUUGGAGAUUGCAUCAGCGGUUGCAGACCAGCUCUCUUCCAUUCGCAGGCCAUACUUCGCAAUCAUCUCCUUAUUAAUCUCUAUUCUCACUGUUGUCCUCUCCAUGGUUGACCUCAGAUACAAAAUCCGAGCCCAUAAAGCACGUUUCCGAUGCAAGUGGCCCAUACCUUGGUUCUACUAUCCAUCACGUGACUACAAGAAAAUCUUUGGAAAUUUCACGGAUACGGUCUUAUUGUUCUGUGUUAUUGGUCAGCUACUAGUGUCGACCAUCACUUGUAUCUCAAUCCACAGAGGACAGGAGGGUCCCAUCAAAGUAUCACUGUGGCCUCUCUUCUUUGCUAUCGGUAUGGUAAUCUCCAAGUUCGUAGAGAACCAAGCCAAUUUCAAGGACACUCUACCUAUAACAAAAAUGCAGUGAUGAACUCGGAAGAAUAAAGAGAGUAGUCUCUUGAAGAUUUCAGAUUUCUUGGUUUUAAAGGGCUGUCCACGAGAUAAUUUUACAUGCAUGCAGCAAAUGCAUGUAAUUAAUAUCUUUCAAAAAAAAAAAAAAAAAAAAAUCUCUCUUAUCUGGUUUCUGUCUUUGUCAUAUUAGCUUUUGCUUCCGUUAAGCUGCCUGCUGGCUGGCUGUUAUUGUAAUCACAUACUGGUAAUCUUUGUCUUUCUUUACAUUAUCAAUCCAAAUAAUUCAGAGUAAAAAGAGGGCUGUAUUGAAAAUAUCAAGCCCUUGUUCUGUGACAUUGUUUGGUGAGAUAUAAUUAGAGAGAAUCUGGUGAAAAUUGCAAUUUUCUUGUAU